AUGGAUUCUGGUACAUCUGUUCAUGCCACACACAGCAUGAAGAUGAUGAAGAAUCUGAAGAUUGGGGACUUUGGUAAGGUACGACUUGGUAACGAUGAAAUUCUGGAUGUUACGGGCAUGGGGGAUAUUGACUUGAAAACUUCAGUUGGAGCCACUUGGACUUUGAAAAACGUCAGAGUCAUUCCAAGCUUGAAGAGGAUGCUUAUCUCAGUUGGGCAGUUGGAUGAUUCGGGUCUUGAUGUUAAAUUUGGUGGUGGACAAUGGAAGGUGGUCAAAGGAAAUCUUGUUGCUCGUGGCAAGAAAAGGGGCUCGUUAUAUAUGGUCAAGAUACCUCCAGAAGGAGCAAGUCCAGUUUUUGUAAAAGAAAAGGUCUGGUUCAAAGAAUCUCGUGUGCUAAAGGGGGUUACCUUUGCAAAGAAGAAACUCAGAGAAAGAGUACAGAUUCAGGAUGAACUAGCUCGUAAGGUUCAACCAAUCAGGGAAUUUUGUGACAGUGGGAGCACAGGUCGUGCUUCAGUCCCAAUCCGACAGUGGGUUAGGAAAACUAGUAUUCCGGCGUUGAAUGUUUCUCCUGUUAACAAUUUGCUUGGUUUGGAGAAUGCAGGUUCUCAGUUUGUCUUAGAAGCCAGGAGAGUGAUAGAUGUGUCACACUCGGAGCUAGCAGAGAAAGAGAACGAGUCACGGGUUGUGACUGAUGAGUUGAAGCUCAGUGAGAGCUUCAACGAGCCUUCAAAUAACUGAAGAGAAGGCCGCUGCAACUAGUGGAAAAUGAGGAUUACAAGAGUUACAGAUGAAGAAGAGUAAGGGGCAUCGUUCGAGCCUCCAAGUGGGAGAUUGUUGGGCGAAUUGAGUGUGGAGGCUCGACCAGGAAGGGCAGCCGGCCCUAGUCUUGGUUCGACCCAUAUGGCAGUAAAUUAGGUUUUUAAUU